AGAGAACCCUACCCUAAAUAUGGGUUGUUGGGCCGUGAUGGGUUUGAGGCUUCCUUAAAACCCAUCAUCACUAUCACUUGUGGAGGACUCACUCUCAUCAACCUCGGUACUCAUUUCAGCAAAACCCAAAUUCUCAGAGAAUGUUGAAGUUCCUCUCCCGAGUGAGGAUCGAGUUCAACGCGUUGGACCCACGCACAGCUUCGUGCUUGGAGUUCUUGGCGCAGUGCAACGCCACCAAGGCCAAGGAGUCCAAUCCCGGCUGCGCCGUCCAAGUCAAGCGCCGCACCGACGACGAGCCCCCCAAGAUCACCGUCACCUUCGUCAACGGAGUCGAGGAGGUCUUCGACGCCACCGCCACGCCCGCCCAGAGCAUAAGGACCAUGAUUCUCGAAAAGGGUCAGAUGCUCGAGACCGAGCAGAUGUUCCGCGACGCCGGCGAGGCCUGGCCGGUUCUUAUUCCGGCCGAGGAGCUCACCCAACCCUCGCCUGGUACCAAGCCAAGGAAAGCAGAAGAGAAGAAGCAGUAACCUCUAUGUUGUUUGAUCUACAUCUUAUGUGGGAGCAAUUUCAUGGUCAACUCUGCUAGACUUCAGUUCUUGUUUCCUUUGGUAAAGGGAACAAUUAUAGACGACGAUUCUAUGUUUCGAUUGUGGAAGCAUUUGAUUAUAUGUGGUUGUUAAAGUCAUCAGAGUAUGAGAUUGUUUUGACCUUAAAGACAUUGUUUGGGUUAGCAGGGAAGUAUCUAUGAACCAGAAAUAAACCACUCAUUCUUACUCCA